AACCGGAAGUGGCGCGCCGCCGGUGAAAGCUCAGGAUCUUCUGGCUGGGGCCCAGGUGGGGUUCGGGCUGGCUCCGGACCGGACUGAGCAGCUGUGGGGCAGACCGAGCGGGGGUACCAGGAGCCAGCAGAUCGAGGCCGCCGAUGGCCAGGAACCCCGCUGAAGGCACCGGCCCCAUGCACGUGCCUUUUGGGCAUGUUGUGGCCAAAGAGAAGUGGCGCGGGUCGCAGCUCGUGCAGGGGAUGCAAGGGAAAAUUAAAAUCGGUUUUGAGGAUGGCCUGACACCGGUAGAUUUUUACUUGUCAAGCAGAUCUUGCAUUCUUUAUGUCACCGAAGCUGAUUUGGUGGCUGGAAAUUGCUACAGGAAGAGGCUUGUUCGGGUUAGAAAUUCCAGUAAUCUUCAAGGGAUUGUAAUAGUUGAGAAAACGCAGAUGAGUGAACAAUACUUCUCAGCCGUACAGAAGUUUACGGUGCUGGACCUUGGGAUGGUGUUGCUUCCAGUGGCCAGCCAGAUGGAAGCGUCCUGCCUUAUCAUCCAGUUGGUUCAAGAACAAACCAAAGAGCCCAGUAAGAACCCUUUCCUCAGUAAGAAACGGGCUCAGAUCCCUGAGCUAUCCCUCCUUCGAACUGUGCAACAGAUCCCAGGAGUUGGAAAAGUUAAAGCUCCCCUUCUGCUUCAGAAGUUCCCAAGUAUCCAGCAACUAAGUAAUGCUUCCACCCGAGAACUAGAGCCAGUCGUGGGACAAGCUGUAGCGCAGCACGUUCAAGCGUUCUUCACACGGCCCAGCUGGGACCGCAAGCUACCGGAUCUUGUUUGAUUUUCAUAUUUAAAAAUGGAGAACAAAGACUUUCCUGCCGCAGCACCUAAUGAGUGACUGGGUGAGGCCUACACGGAAGCUGCCAGUUGCCCUGCCUUGCUCUCUGGGUUUGGGCGUUUAAGUUAGUGGGGCUCCCGAUAGCCUCGCCCUCACUCUGCUAGUGGAAGAGGAGGUGUGGAGGGCACGCCUGGCCGGCGCAGUCCGUAGAGCAUGUGACUUUUGAUCUCAGGGUUGUGAGUGAGCCCCACCUUGGGGGUAGCAAUUACUUAAAAAACAAAAUCUUAAAAAACAAAAACAAAAAAACAGGGGCCCCUGGGUGGUUU